AUGGCCAUCCACUCUUUCCUCUUUAUCUCACUUCUUAUAUUAUCAUCGUUGGAGUCGAGCAGUGGAACCACCAAGGAUAGACUCUUCUUCACCAACCUUCAAAAUACACUUGAGGUCACGGCUAAACCCAUAAGAGAUGGAGUUUUGGAAAGUGGAAAAGAUAUAAUAAGAGUUACAUGGAAGUUAAAGUCGUCGGUCAAGAUCGAUGUCGAUGCUGCCAUCAAGACUGUCGAUGUUAGGCUUUGUUACGCACCUAUUAGCCAAGUUGAUAGACCGUGGCGUCAAAGCCAUAACGAACUCUUUAAAGACAAAACCUGUCCUUACAAGAUUGUGUCCAAGCCCUAUGACAAGAUCUCUCAAUCACUGAACUGGAUCAUUGAACGUGAUAUCCCUACUGGAACCUAUUUCGUACGUGUCUAUGGAAUUGAUGCAAAUGGUCACGAAGUAGCUUAUGGACAUUCAAACGCGGAAAAGACGACUAAUCUCUUUAGUGUUGAAGCCAUUGAUGGUCGUCACAUCUCGCUCGAUGCAGCAUCAAUAUGCUUUAGCAUCUUCUCUGUUGUUGCUCUGUUAGUCUUCUUUAUGAGAGAGAGAAGAAGAAACCCGAUUUAA